GCUAGUAUCUGCAUGAUCUCCCGCGCGCUCCGGGGGCUUCGCGCGCAGAUUUGGCAAGUACAUUCGGUGUGGCGGUUUCAGUAGCUAGCUACCGGUAGGACUUCCACAUAGGUGCCUUUUUGUUGUUACUAACCUAUUCUCCGAAUGUUACAGAUGUAUUAAUGAGUUUGGUCUUAUACGUCCAUUAACCUGCCUUUGCGAGGUUUUAAAAUGUUUUGUAGCAGCACAGAGGAGGUAGGUGACACCCCAGAAUGUGGACAAACAUGGGGGGUGUCCCCGAUGGACAUAAGCGGACUAAAUGAAACUACCUCGUACGCUCCCGCAUCAACUUCCUCCGGUUCAUCCCAUCAAAGUUUAGAUGAAGGCAGUACGAGCUUUAACCAUGGACCAUCGCUCCCCCGAGUGGCCUCAGGUCAGUUCCAUCACAGCCUCAGGUUAGGCAGGAACAAUUCAACACUCUUUGCAUCUACCUCGGAUAGCUCUUCCCACCGCAGCCGUGGAGGAACACCGAAACAAAGGAGGACCCCGGGGUCUGCUGUGGCUACUGGCACACACCCAGCACGGACACCAGUGACUGAUCACACUGCAACAAGUUGCUCCUCUGCGACCACAACCUCUGGUGCAUCUGUGAUUGUGGCAGUAGUUGAAGGGCGUGGUUUGGCCAGGGGAGAGAUUGGCAUGGCCAGUCUCAACUUGAAAUAUCCAGAGCUUAUACUCUCGCAGUUUGCAGACACUGGGACCUAUGCCAAGGUCAUAACCAAGAUUCACAUCUUGGUGCCACUGGAAAUACUGAUGCCAGACACAGCCAGUGAGAAGGGAAAAGGGACAAAGCUGUUCAACCUCAUCAAGGAAAACUUUCCGGGAGUAGCUUUCACUGCUAUCCAAAGAAAGUAUUUUAAUGAAAGGAAAGGACUGGAGUACAUUCAGCAGCUGUGUGCUCCAGAAUUUGCCACCGUCCUCAUGGAAGUACAAGCUAAGUAUUACUGCCUAGCAGCAGCAGCUGCUUUGCUGAAAUAUUUAGAGUUCAUCCAGAACUCCGUCUAUGCUGCCAAGUCUCUCAAAGUGAGCUUUAAAGGGAGUGAACAGACAGCAAUGAUUGACUCAGCAUCUGCCACUAAUUUGGAGUUGGUGGUCAAUAAUAGAGACCACAGGAGUGAGCAUACCCUUUUAGGAGUACUUAAUCACACCAAAACGCCUGGUGGUGCUAGAAGGUUGCGCUCCAAUAUUCUGGAGCCUCUGGUUGAUGUGGACACCAUCAACAUACGCUUGGACACCAUACGAGAGUUGCUGCAAGAUGAGGAGCUCUUUUUUGGCUUGAAGAAUGCCAUAGGUCAUUUCCUUGACAUUGACCAGCUGCUCUCUGUUCUUGUCCAGAUCCCAAAGCAGGAAACAGUUCAGGUGGCUGAAGCAAAAAUUACACACGUCAUUCAGCUGAAACACACAUUGGACCUGGUGCCACGGUUAAGGAUGGUGUUAAAGAACUGCAAGACAACUCUGCUCAAGGCAUACUACACCUCACUGGAAGACAACAGGUUUGACAUGAUCCUAGAGCAGAUCAAGACUGUAAUUAAUGAUGACACUACCUACCUGAAGGGGAGCCUGAACAUGCGCACCCAGAAGUGUUAUGCUGUCCGCCCAAAUAUCAACGAGUUCCUCGACAUUGCACGCAGAGCUUACACUGAGAUCGUAGACGACAUUGCAGGACUAGUGAACCAGAUGGGGGAGAGAUACGGUUUCCCAAUGCGUACCAGUUUCAGCACAGCUCGAGGUUUCUUCAUCCAGAUGAAGCUUGAAGGAGUGGUCUUGCCUGAAGGGAAACUCCCCUCUGAGUUUAUCAAGGUCACCAAGCACAAGAACAACUAUGGCUUCAUUGCUGACCUGAUGAAGAUGAAUGACCGCUGUGAUGAGGCCCUGAGGGAGAUCUUUCACAUGUCCUAUGUGGUGAUAUGUCAACUGCUCAGCACUAUCCACGAGCACAUUCACUGCCUUUACAAGCUCUCUGAUGCCGUAUCCAUGCUCGACAUGUUGCUGUCACUGGCCAAUGCUUGCACCAUCUCAGACUAUGUGCGCCCAGAGUUCACAGACACACUGGCCAUCAAGCAGGGUCGUCACCCCAUUCUGGAGAGAAUAGUUGGACAGCAGCCUAUAUCGAACAAUAGCUACAUCUCCGAGGGCAGCAACUUUGUCAUCAUCACUGGACCCAACAUGAGCGGCAAAUCCACCUACCUCAAACAGGUGGCGCUGUGUCAGAUCAUGGCUCAGAUAGGUUCUUUUGUCCCUGCUGAGUAUGCCUCUUUUCGUGUCGCUGAUCAGGUUUUCACCAGAAUUGGUGUGGAUGAUGAUUUUGAAACUAAUUCUUCCACCUUCAUGUUGGAAAUGAAGGAGAUCUCUUACAUAAUUCACAACGUAAGUGACAGGUCCCUGAUCAUCAUAGACGAGUUGGGACGCGGUACCAGUGCUGAGGAGGGCAUUGGCAUCUGUCACUCAGUUUGUGAGUUCCUCCUUAGCCACAAGGCGUUCACCCUGUUUGCCACACACUUUAUGGAGCUGUGCCAACUCGAGUCUCUUUAUCCCAAUGUGGAGAACCAGCACAUGGAGGUUCAGCACACACGCAGUGGUGACACUGGCACAGAGAGUGUGGUGUAUACAUACCUGCUGAAUCGAGGAUGCUCUGAAGAAAGACACUAUGGUCUGAGAGCAGCAGAAAUGACUGCACUUCCUUCAGACAUAAUCCAAGAGGCAAAGAUAAUUGCCUCCAAAGUUAGCCAGCAGCUUUUGGCCAAACAUCACAGUGAUCCGGAAACACAGAGGCAAAGAGCUGUGUACCACCUGGCCACCCGCCUCCUGCAGACUGCUAGGAACUCCAGACUGGACCCUGACAGCUUGCGUAUGUAUCUGAAGGGCCUGAAGAAGCAGUAUGAGGCAGAGCUGCAGUCAGCAGGGCAGCCAGCAUCCAUUGAUACAGAGGAGGAAUGACUGAUUCAGCCUGAGGCAGUGAUAAACUUACAAAAUGAAAGAUCAGUGUCAUUUGUGCAUAUUGUGUUUAGUUUGACCAUUUUGAUAUUAAAUUGAUUUCUUUGAA